AUGUCCUUUUUUUCUUUCUUUCUUUAUCAACGUCCUUUCUUUCUUUAUCAACGUCCUUUCUUUCUUUGUCAAUGUCCUUUCUUGCGAUAUUCUAUAAAUCAUUUUUUUCUUUUCGCUGCCAUAUUUUCUUUCGUUUUAUUCGCUCUCAUUUUUCUUCUUAAUUUCUUCCAUAAUCAUUUCCUUCUUCUCAUUCUUUACUCUACCAUUUCUUUUUAUAUUUGCUUCAUUCUUUUCGUAUUUCCUUUCUUCCUUUGUCCAUUCAUUUCGCGGUCAUUUCCUUCCCUUCUUUCUCGAUUUAUUUCGCUAUCAUUUCAUUCCCUUCAUUCAUUUCGCGCUCAUUUCCUUCAUUUCUCCACUCAUUACCCUAUCAUUUCCUUCCUUCCUCUGUCCAUACAUUUCCUGUUCAUUUCUUUCCCUUCUUUCUCCAUUCAUUUUGCUAUCAUUUCCUUCAUUCAUUUCGCUAAUCAUUUCCUUCCUUUCUCCAUUCAUUUCAUGCUCAUUUCCUUUCUUCCUUCAUUCAGCUAUCAUUUCCUUCCUUUGUCCAUUUUUUUUUUGCGCUCAUUUCCUUCCCUUGUUUCUCUAUUCAUUUCUAUUUGUUUCAUUCUUCCUUCCAUUAUAAGUUCUUUUCAUUCUUCCUUCCUUCCUUCCUUCCUUCUACUGUCAUCCCUUUUCUUUUUUUUUUCUCCAUUCAUUUCCUUUCUGUCAUUCCUUUCACUAUCAUUUCUUUCUCUAUCGUUUUCAUUCUAUCAAUUCAUUUCUUUGCUACGAACGGAUCAUCAAGAGUCCCGAAUCUCCGCUAAAAAGCGUCACUCUAAUCCGGACGAGACAAUACGGCUACCUCCUCCCACUACCGUGCGUCUCUCGGUCUUCCUUCCUCAUGCCACUCCCCCUUUGGCUGAGAUACAGUUUACAAUUAUUCUCUCUUUCACCGGCCAGAAGUCAGAUGGAUCUAAAAUUCUUGAUCCCAGGAAAUAA